AUGGUUUCUCUAGAAGAUUCACGCUCCCAUUCACAUUCCAAUCCCAACAUUACUAAUCACUUUCCUCGAACGCGGCCUUAUUACUACACUCCGCCGCCGUCCUCCGCCAGGAUCAGCCGUUCGAUGGGCCGUUCCAUGCGUACCAUACGUUCAAAGCACUUCCAAACUGACUUGUCCGGUCCCAUCUACGAGAAAUCGUCCAACGUUUCUGAAAACCUAACCGACUCGGUUAUAGACCUUCGCCUCGGGGAGCUCGCCAAUAAAUCGCCGACUGGUUCGAAAGCUUCGUCUUCUUCCGAAAUCGACGAGUUUUUGGACAUUUCCCAAGCUUUCAGCGACUUCUCCGCGUGCUCCAGUGACAUAUCUGGAGAGCUCCAGCGCCUAGCUAGCCUCCCCGAUCCUGGCCCGAAUCAGGGACCAACACAAGACCCGGAGCCCGAACCAUGUUCGGGCUUUUUGCAGAGAGAGACGUUUUCCACUGAAAUUAUUGAAAGCAUUUCUCCUGAAGACCUUCAGCCUACUGUAAAACUCUGUGUGGACGGGUUGCAAUCGUCCUCAGUUGCAAUUAAAAGGUCAGCAGCUGCUAAAUUGAGACUAUUGGCAAAAAAUCGAGCUGAUAAUCGGGCCUUGAUUGGAGAAUCCGGUGCAGUACCCGCUUUGAUCCCGCUUCUCCGCUGCUCGGAUCCGAUGACUCAGGAACACGCAGUCACGGCUUUACUCAAUCUCUCACUUCUUGAAAGCAACAAAAGUGUGAUCACAGAUGCAGGUGCAGUAAAAUCCUUAAUUUACGUGUUAAAAACAGGCACAGAGACUUCCAAACAGAAUGCAGCAUGCGCUUUGUUAAGCUUGGCUUUGAUUGAAGAGAAUAAAUUGUCAAUUGGUGCUUGCGGUGCAAUACCUCCAUUAGUGGCACUGCUCAUAAAUGGGUCGAGUAGAGGGAAAAAAGAUGCUUUAACAACGCUGUAUAAGUUAUGCUCGGUGAGGUUGAAUAAGGAGAGGACAGUGAACGCGGGGGCUGUGAGGCCGUUGGUGGGGCUAGUGGGAGAGCAGGGGACCGGUUUGGCGGAGAAGGCGAUGGUGGUGAUGAGUAGUUUGGCUGCUAUUGAGAUGGGACAGGAGGCAAUUAUAGAGGAAGGUGGUAUUGCGGCACUGGUCGAGGCAAUCGAGGAUGGAAGCGUUAAGGGGAAGGAAUUUGCAGUUUUGACUUUGUUGCAGUUGUGUAGAGAAAGUGUUCGGAACAGGGGAUUGCUUGUUAGGGAGGGAGGCAUCCCACCACUUGUUGCCCUCUCACAGACUGGUACAUCAAAAGCUAAGCAUAAGGCCGAAGCACUUCUAGGGUACCUGAGAGAGCCUAGACAAGAAGCUUCUACUUCGAGUUCGUAA